AUGAAGAAGGAAGAAAGGGUCAGGUACAUUGCGGCCAUUCGUCAACCGCAUCACCUCCGCCAGACGGUGGAAUCACAUUCUUCCUGUUUGGAGGAUGUGGAGGCAAACCAAGUAACAAAGUUUGCAGGCUACAAGUUGAAAGGGAUCAACAAGGUGCAGAACUUUUACAGCCAUUUCAGCAACCACAUGGGUGCAUGGCACGUCAAGGGUAUCAAUGGUGUCACAUAUAUCGUUCUGACCACCCAGGGGUAUCCAGGAGAUGUGGCAGUAGAAUGUCUGGAUGAGUUCUCCGAUUCCUACGAACGAGUAUCGAAAUCCUGGUUAUCCAAACGACGAGAAAAGGCGCGAUCGACUUGCUGCCAGGCCGUGUUUGACAAGUACACGUCGGUCCAAGUGGAAAGUGCACCUUGGUUCUUGAUGAACCAAGUGGACGGAGAGAGUCGCCGUGAAUAUUCCAAGAGUGUCAAGAAUCUCUUUUCUCAAAUUGACAAACUAGAAAAGAAGAUCAAUGACAACAUUAUGAAAGAACUGGAUAACAUUGAAAGCGCGGAACGGUUACAAGAACUGUCAGAGGAUUGUCUGGAAAAGGCACAAGUGUUCCGCAAGAAGGCCCACAAGGUCAAGAUGAAGAGUCGAUGGAAGAGCCGUGCCUUUGUCGCCACGGGGGUGACAGCCUGCGCUGCUGUUGGAGGAGUGGUUGGUUUUCUGGCGGGUGGACCUUCCGGAGCCUUGAUUCUGACCAGCAUGUCAGUGGCAGAGGCCCAGGCAAUUGAAGCCUCUGUGGCGGCAUUGGUGUUUGGGGCAGGAUUUUAUGCCGCGCAGAGCAAAGUGGAGAAUUGGUCUUGGAACCAGCCAAUCAUAGUGCUGAAGUAA